AUGCUUCUGUUAGAAAGUCCUGUUCUUAUUGCUGCCAUUUUCAUUAGUGGCAUUGGUGGGACAUUCCAGUUCGGCUUUCAUAUAUCUGUCCUAACUUCACCUUCUUCUUUCAUAAAGGAGCUCGUAAACACCACAUGCCUGCAGCGGUAUAGUAUAUCCCUGGAACAGUGGGAAGUGACUCUCAUCUGGUCCUUCAUCGUCUCCAUCUUCUGCAUCGGGGGUCUCCUUGGUUCCCUGUGUGCCGGCCACCUCUCAUCAGCGUAUGGGAGAAAGAGAUGCCUGUUGUUGAACAACCUGUUUGCCAUUGGCGGUGCUGGGAUGAUGCUGUUGAGUAAAACGGCCAUGUCCUUUGAGAUGAUCAUGGUUGGACGUUUCCUCUAUGGCAUUAAUGCAGGUGUUAGCCUCAGUGUCCACACCAUGUACCUAGUGGAAUGUGCCCCCAAGAGGCUGCGAGGGAUAGUGGGUUUGUCUGUUGCCACCUUUCUGUCCAUGGGGAAGUUCUCAGGUCAGCUUCUGGGGAUCAGUGAGUUAUUGGGGACAGAGGACAGGUGGCCUUGGUUGUUGGGCUUCAGUGGUGCGACCGCCCUGCUCCAGCUCAUCACCCUGCCCUUCCUCCCAGAGUCACCCAAAUACCUGCUGCUGGACCGGGGCGACCGUCAGGGCUGUGAGAAGGCCAUCCGCAGGCUGUGGGGCAACAGAGACCACAGUGCGGAGGUGGAGGAGAUGCUGGAGGAGCACGCCUCCAUGAAGGGAGUCUGCAGCCACACUGUGUUGGACCUGAUCCUGGACCAGGACGUACGCUGGCAGUUCCUCACCAUCCUCGUCGCCUUCACCACCCUGCAGUUCAGUGGCAUCAACGCUGUGUACCUUUACUCAUUUGAUGUGUUCCGUACUGCAGGGAUCCCCACACACCAGUUACGCCAUGUUGCCUUGGGAACUGGUCUGUGUGAGGUUUCUACCUCCAUGGCCUGUGUGAUGGUGAUUGAGAGCACAGGAAAGAGGCUAAUGCUCUAUAGGGGUUACCUAUGCAUGGCAGUUACCCUGGGUCUCCUGACCCUUACACUCUACCUGCAGAUCCAAGUUUCCUGGAUGCCUUACUGCAGUAUGCUUCUCAUCUUCAUCUUCAUCUUCUUCUUCUCCAGUGGACCAGCUGGAGUGACAGUGGCUCUACCUGGUGAUAUCUUCAACCAGUCGUUCAAAUCAGCUGCCUACACCAUCGGCUGCACCCUCAACUGGCUGGGCCUCUUCCUCCUGGGGUUGCUCUUCCCCGUCAUAGUGGAGAAUUUGGACUACUUUUGUUUCCUGAUUUUCUUCGUCUUCUGUUUCCUGUCUGGGGUGUUUGUGUGGUACAGCGUGCCUGAGACCAAGAACCGCACUGUCAUGGAGAUCACGGCUGAGUUUCAGAGGAUGCAUCCCAACAGGGGAUCCUCGGGGGAGGGAAGGUCGAGACCUCCUGAACCCAGUCAUAUCAAGGCAUGCACAACCACAAAAUUCUGA